CCCCCUUUCUGCUCCUCCAAAACCCUCUUCCGUUUUGCUCUCCUUUCUUCCCUGCUUCGAAGCCUUCAACACGUCCGAGCUAGAGAGAGCAGAGCCAUGGAGCCCGCCGGAGCCAUGGAGCCCGCCGGCCAGGAUACGCCGGCCGAGCUUACGCCGGCCCAGACUGCUGUUUUAAUCCUGGGAUAUCUGUCCACCUUCUAUGUCUUGCUCGCGCCACUCAAGACGAUCCGGGCUAUCAAGGCGGCUGGAGCGGUCGGGCAGGAGACGGCGACCAUGUACCUGUGCGUGCUGUGCAACAGCCUCGUGUGGCUGCUCUACGGCGUGGGGGCGGACGACAAGGCCAUCAUGGGCAUCAACGGCAUCGGCGUGCUCUUCCAGGCCUACUUCCUCUACGUCUUCAUCCGCGCCUCCACCGACCGCUUCAAGCAAUGCAGCUACGUCGCCAUGGUGCUCGCGGCCAGCGCCUCCGUCGCCAUCUACGUAUACGUCUUCCCAUUCAUCCCUGAUCCCAAGGACAGGAAGAAGGCCUUCGGCCAGGCCGGCAUCUUCAGUGGCCUCGCCAUGUACUGCGGAUCCUGGGGCAGGUUUAGAACGGUGUGGCGGAAAGGCAAUGUGGUGAGGGACCUGGACUUGAACGUGGUCGUUUCUUCGCUCUUGAACGGCAUCUGCUGGAGCAUCUACGCCAUGCUCAUCGACGAUGACUUGCUCUUGACUCCCAACGCUGUCGGCAUUGGGUUGGCGGAGUUUCAGCUGGGCGUCUAUGCUUGGUACUACUACAUGGGCAGCAACGACAACAACGGCGACGGUGGCGACGACAACAUCAACCUCCUGCGUGACGAUGAUGAUGAAGAAGAAGACGACGACCACAACAACCGGCGUGACGACGAAGAAGACGACGGCGACAACAACAACAGGCACGACGGCGGUGAUGACGACAACGAGGAGGAGUUGCUGGCACCCGGCAGGCAGGCCACCUAUCGGAUUCAGACGAUCGAAUGAAUUACUAGUACCUAGCUACCUGACGACGGCCGUACAUCCUCGUUUAGAAUCUAUAUAUGGCGUAUGGAUAUCUAUCUAUCUAAGAGAAACAAACAUUCUGGACAUGUUGUCUAUUUUCCCCUUAAUUUGCAUGUCA